CUCCAGUGUUUUAAACUGCACUAGAGAUAGAGAUAUCCUAUACUCAAAUAUUCCAUAAAUUAAAAACAUUUAUUGCCAAAGAUCUUAGAAAACAUCUUUAAGAUAUCUAAAAUAUCCCUGUUACCACUGAAGCUCUCCGUAACACAGAAUUGAAGUGACUGAAAAUGUCUCUGUUGGAGAGUACUCGGCGGCUAUUCAGCAGCACCUCUCUGGUAGCUAACAGGUACCAUGGACUGAUAAACCAGGGAGCAACAGAUUACUUGAACAGUGUGCUGCAGGUGCUGUUCAUGACCAAGGACUUCAGAAAGGCUGUGACAAGGUACUCUGGAGAAAAUCCUCACUCUGAGUUUCUUGAUCAUCAUCUUAAAGUCUUAUUUGAUGACUUACAGAACCACACAGCAUACUCAUAUAAGAUAACACAGAAGCUGGGCAUUGACAAUGUGUAUGAACAGCGUGAUGCUGCAGAGUGCUUGGAGAGGGUUUUAAGAAUGACCAGUCCGGAUGCAUCAAAGAUCUUCCACGGUCAGUUAGUAAACAAGACCACCUGCUCUAAAGGUCAUAUACAGACUGACAGAGAUGCACCUUUUUGGCUUCUUCCUCUUUCACUGGCAGAUUCCUGCAGUGAAGACUACAGCGUGGUAAGGAUAUGA